AUGGCUUCUGUGUACCUCUUCGAUGUGAGCUACCUCGCACCGCUCGAGGCGUACUCGCCGUGGCGCUCCUCUGAGCCGCCACUCUCAUGGCGUUGUGCGGCGGAGCUGACUCAAUGGACCUCUUUGAUGGCGGUUGGGGACGCUUGGGUGGCGGCGUGUGCAGAGGCGACAGCGGCCACGGCGACGGCGAGAACGCCUGUGCACAACAAAUUUGUCACCCCUGACGUCGAACCAUGUAGGCAGGAGUGGGAGGGCUACACACUGCUCGGCAAUGACGAGGACAGUGAUCAGGCUAAGGCUGCUGCAUCGUCCGCCUUCACUCCCAUGGACGUUGGCUCACUACACCGACACAUGUACGUCAUCCACGCCUUUCCCUCUACCGUUCUUGUCCAGAAUAAGUACUUCAGCACAACUCUGGCCCUUGUGACAGGGGCGCUGCUGCGGGCUCCCUCGUCCCACGGACACGAUUGCAUCUCGAUGGCAGAUCAGUGCGACAUCACGGCUGAUCUCCUGCGAAGGUGCCCUAGCGCCAAAAGUAGAAGCAGCACAUCCGCCUCUCAUGAUCACGAUGGCGGUGGUUAUGGUGGAGUGCUGCUUGCGCGCAUCGCACAAGAUCCAUCUGAGGUUCCAUGGCACGCCUUUCCACGAAGCGGGUGUCUCUUCCACGUUAUCAUGGUGUUUCACAACAGCGAGGCAGACGUGAACGUGGGCAAAGUAGCAGCAGCGACUCCAGAGUCCUUGGCCGCCGUCGAGGCCCAACUGCGCGGAGAGGACGCCGACGUUUGCUGCCGCUCUCUCCGAAACGCUACCUUGCCCACAGGUGAUAGCCUCGAUGACUCACCAACAUCUUUGCAGCAGCUAAAGGAGCGCUGGAGGUACUUUGCAGCGGAGAACGGGUACGAGUGCGUUUUCCACGCCACCGUGUGCCCUCCGCGUGCGUUGGCACAUAUGGCAGCCUCCAUGGAGAGCGGCGGACGUGAACUUUCCGGCUCAGCGGAAGAUAUUCAGCUGGAGUGCGUCAACGUUGCUUCUGGCCGCUGCGGCUUGCUUGAGGCGCCACUUGCUGGGUCGAAUCGGCUCUACCAAAUCCUGUGCAAUACGCUGUGGCCAGUAAGCGUCCGUUGUGUAGCUGCUGGGCUGUCAGGGACACGAAGAAACGAACACGGUGAACAGGAGAACAACGCCGUCAUGCGAGCUCCAAAACCACUGAAUCCACAUUCUGGGAACACAUUCGUCGUGGUGGGCACCGACGAAGAGGCGAUGUGGCGUCUCUUCCGGCAGCACGAGGACGGGUGUGCCCGCCUGCUGCGGCGUCGUUUUCGAUUUUUCACCUCCGUUGUUAGCCCACCUGCCGACCCCGCCGCCGCACUGCACUACCGCCGCGUCGUACUUGUGAAUCGGUACUACGCGGCGGUAGUGCAUCCGCGGCUACUGCAGACCACCUUCUUCGACAUCCGCAUGCAGGAGCUGCUGGACCGAUACUGGGAGCAGCACAUUAUAGCCGAGGAAGGCGGUGCUACUCUCUGCCCCGAUGCGCCAGCGGUGGUGCUGUGGCCACCAUGCUCGUUGGCGCCACGUGCUGCCUGUGUUGAGACCGAGGCUCGAGGCACCGCAACCAUCCCUGCGGACGCCGACGGCGAAGACGUGCGGGCUUCGUAUCCGCCGCUUGAGGUUAUUCUCGACUCUCUCGUGCGUCGUGGCUGCCGUGAUGUCGUGGUCAUGGUGAGUGAGUGCAGAGCCAGCGCCGUCCCCAGCGGGCUCACAGCGUACGAGACGCUAAUGUGUGGGGAGCGGGACGUGGAGGUAGUGCAGUCUGACCCAGUACGCUUCAAGGCGGCAUCGGUGGACACAAUCGAUAUAGACGUUGAUGGUCCGCCAGUGCCCGUAAUUCGAGACGAGGACGACACAAGGGCCACACGUGGGGUGGACCGGCUGCACGAGCUGCUGCACUGUGUGCAGUGGGGGCAGACGCACCGCAUGACGUGCGCGCCUUCCCCGACAGCAUGUCUCGCGGACCGCCGCGGUAAUUCAUUGCUUUUACUGGCCUGCGGGCGGACUCCGUUUGAGGAAGAGGCCUGGGUGCGUGACGUACUCGCAGCCUUAACCGCCGCACCGUCUAGAGCACUCAACAAGACCACAGCUGUCUCUGCCGACGAUUAUUUGCGUCUUGCCGCCCCCACUGUUGCAGUGGCUCUCGGGGCUACGCAUGGUGACGACAGUGCGGACCUCGGAGCACACCCAGCCAAGGCGGCUGUUGCUGUCGACGUGUCCACCUCAUACUUCAAGGCACGUGUCGAGGUGCACACAGUGGGUGGGCUGCAGUCAUACUACGCGGCGCCACCGACACAACACUCGGCGGCUACGCAGGUCAUGCCGCCAGGGUGGGAAGACGCGCACGAUGCGUAUGUGGUCGUCACAACCCUGUGCGCUCUCCAAGAAGCGGCGCGCGCGAUCGCUGGCUCUGUUCGGCACACGAAGGUCAACAAUCCUAACCCUGCCGAUACUGUCAGCGGAUCGCACGGCACCCUGAGCACGGUUAUCCGCACCCUUUCUCAGCGGCAGAAGGAGGAAUGGCUGGCAGAGCGGAUCGAUGCCUACGUGGCGCACCCAACUAGCGAGGCGUCCGACACAGCUGCUGACUCACCUCUAGUUCUGGUAUACAUAACGGAUGUAACGGCAGCGGACACAACACGCGCAGAACUGGUGGAGAAGCUUCUUUGUGUGCUGGCACGCCCAACCGCAGCACCUUCUGCAACCUCCCUUGAUGUGGAUAGCAGUGACAGUCGCGAAGGUGCCGAUAGUUACGUGCCCAUCGAGGUAGUGUUUGCGAGUGAGUCUGUGAGUGAGUCUGUGAGUGUAGCGACUAGCGCCGCUACAACAGGCCGCUACAAGGAUCUCGUUGUGGACGGCACCGCACGUGUGCGCGAAGCUUUUGAGCAGCACCUCUGGCCGCAUCGGCAGUCACUGUCACAGCAGCACCAUCGCGCCAGCAAUCCCCAACCCACUACCACUACUACAGAGGAUUUGACAAGUCCGAGAGGCGCCGUCGGCGUUGCCUCUGCCACCAGCACUGGCUCUUUUGCCAACGGCGGAACUCGUGCGUCGCCUCGCCCGGUGGCAGCAGCGUCAGCAGCAGCCGUGGAGGCAUCUGCCACCACAAGAGCACGUGCUGCAGUACCCAGUGAAACGAUGACUGCUGAUGUCUCAUGGAUUGCGCCGGUCAUCGGAUGUGCGCUCCCCAACGGCUUUCUCGUCGACCCCGAGACACUGCGGAGCGUGCCAGUGCGGGCCCUACGAGGCGCCCCGUGGAACACGGCGACGAUCGCAGAUGUCGAAUCCGCUGAUGUCUUGGGCAGACAAGACGAUAGUGAGGCACCCGCUCAGCAUCGCAAGCCGCUGUCAGGGCCGCUCGAUGAGGAGGAGCUCGUGCAGUGGACGCAGAAGAUGCGGCACUACGGCCACCGCCUAGGCGAGUCGCUGCGCGAAGAGCAGGCGGAAACUCUCGCCCUUGCGCUUGAGAAGAUGGUGUAG